CUCAAUUACUGAUGUACCUAAGGUCUAUGAUCAUCUGGUGACUUCAAAAUCUUUAAUUUGGUGUUGACUCAUGGCUGUAAUGCCUACAUUUAACAAAGGGCAAAUUUAGUGACAGUACAAUGGCUGGGGGGUUGUGUCCUAUGCUUCAGCUUCUAGGGACAUGCUGGAUACUGCUGUGCUUGAAUUUCUUGGGUUGCAAUGGAAAAUUAGUGGAAGAGGAAAAAAGGGCACUUUUAGAGCUGAGGGAUUCCCUUAACUAUCCCAAUGGCUCUGCUUUAAUUAAUGAAUGGGUUGGAGAAGACUAUUGUGCAUGGGCUGGUAUUUUUUGUGGCAGUGAUCCGAACAAUGAUUCGCGUGUUCUUGAUAUUUUUCUUACCAAUAAAAGACAACUUGGACUUGGAAUAUGGAAUCCUGAUGCAAACUUGUUGACUCGUUUCACGCAUCUUCAGUCUCUGUAUGUAUCUGGCAAUGCUAUUGGCAACUGGAUCAUGCCAGAAGCAUUAUGCAAAUUGCACAACCUGAAGGAAUUGGAUCUAAGUUUCAACCCUUUAAAUGGUGAUGCUCUGCCUCAUUUUCAAGUAUGUAGCCUCACAUCUCUAGAACAGCUGUACCUUUCAGGGGUUUAUCCUAGUUCCUCUUUACCACUUCUCAGAGUGUGUGGACUAAAGAAUAUCCGGAGAUUGGAUCUAAGCAACAAUAAUCUUAUGGAUGAUAGUAUGCCACAUUGCCUAUUCAAUGAUCUUCCAUACCUUGAAAGCCUUGACUUGUCCAGGAAUAACCUCAAGAAUUCCAAUCACAUUCUAUCAGCUUUAUGUAGACUGCGGAAUCUCAAAAGGUUGGAUUUGAGUUAUAAUUUUCUGGAUGAUGGAAGCGUACCAUCCUGCCUAUUUGAAAAGCACUCGCUGCUCGAAAGUUUAGAUAUUUCACAUAAUAAUAUCGGGGGUUCACCUGGUUUCGUUUCGGGAAUCUGUAAACUUAGGAACCUGCAGGUGUUAAAUCUCCAGGAUAACCUUAUCCAAGGUGGACUUGAUCCAUGCUUUGGUGGAAUGAGUUCCUUGGUUUCUUUAGAUCUUUCUUUUAAUUAUUUUGAGGGGAGUGUUUCUUCUUCCAUAUGCAGCAACCUGACUUCACUCGAGACCCUCCUUCUUUCAGACAAUCGGUUUGAUGGACUUCUCCUGUUUUCAACUUUUGCUAACCUCUCCAACCUUGAAUCCAUUGAUCUUUCAUUUAACGAGUUCAUAGUUGACACUGAAACUCCAUCUUGGGUCCCAUCUUUUCAACUCGUAUCCCUUAACCUACGAAAUACUAGACUAAACCAGAAAUAUGGCCACGUAAUUCCAACUUUCCUUUCCAAACAACACAAGUUGAAGUCCCUGUCUUUGUCCUAUAAUGCCCUUCAAGGAAACGUUCCGUCCUGGUUGUUGUAUAACAAUACACUUCUUAUGUUGUCUUUGAGAGGCAACCAUCUGUAUGGUGGAAUUCCUGCAUCUUUUCAGUUUCAAGCAUCAAAUCUUCUGAUGCUUGAUGUAUCAGAUAAUUGCUUGGGCCGUACACUUCCCACUAACCUGCUCGAGUUAUUUCCAGACUUACGCUAUCUUAACCUGUCAAAUAACGCCCUCGAAGGCAUCCUUCCUUCAUCUUUUGACCAUCUGUCAAAGUUAGAGGUCCUGGACCUUUCUGACAACUUCCUGUGGGGAAAACUUCCUCCAACUUUAAGGCAGAAUAACACUUCAUUGGCACAUUUAGUUAUUUCAAACAACAACUUUCAUGGGGAGGUUAUGCCCCAAUUUUCGAAUAUGUCAAAUCUUGCAUAUUUACAUCUUCAAAAUGAUGGAUUUAUUGGAGUCCUCCCUGAUGCUAUGUUUAACCUUCCUGUUCUGAAGGUCAUGGACAUUAGUGGGAAUUAUUUGUCAGGAAAUAUUCCAGAUUAUUUUCCUCGGUUUCCACAUCUGGCCAUACUUCUCUUGGCAAGAAACCGAUUUCAUGGGACAAUUCCAUUGUCUUUGUGCCAGAUGCAAAAGCUUCAUAUUUUGGACAUGUCUGCAAAUUUACUCUCUGGGGUUUUACCUUCUUGCCUUGUUAACAUAGCUGCGUGGAUAAAGGAAUCUGAAGUUAUACUCCAUUCCUUUAUGUGGUUAUCACCCUCAUAUACUAACUACAGAGUCAAAGUUCCUUUAACAACCAAGGGCAAUACACUCUCUUACGAAGGCAUCCCUCUCUCUCAAAUGACUACACUUGAUCUAUCUAUGAACCGUUUUACCGGUGAAAUUCCAUCACAACUGGGAGAACUUGCAGCCCUUCAUUCAUUGAACCUUUCUCACAACAUCCUAUCUAGCCAUAUUCCAGAAUCUUUCAGGAACUUAAUGAAACUGGAGAGUUUAGAUCUUUCUUAUAACCAGCUAGUGGGAAAAAUCCCUCCUCGGUUGGCUCAACUUGAUUCCCUUUCAACUCUAAAUUUGGCUUUCAAUCAUUUAUCAGGAAGAAUCCCGUUUGGAAACAAAUUUGUCACUUUUGCAGCAUCUAGUUAUAGAGGUAACAAGAAACUCUGUGGACUUCCAUUGGAAAAUGAUUGUGUGCUCCCGAGGCCGCCUCAGCAGCAUGAAGAAGAAGAAGAAGAGGACAAGGAAGGAAUUGGUGAGAGUGACUUCUUUUUCUUCUCAUGCAUUGCUGUUGCUUAUGUUGUGGGAUUUUGGAGUGUCAUUGCUCCUCUUCUUCUUAGUAGGAAUUGGCGCAGGACAUAUUAUGCUAAGGUUGAUACUUGUAUUGAAUUGUGCAAGGAGAAGCUUCAUCUUUUCUAAAUCUUCUUGAAAACUUGUGUUUCUUGACAUCUUUUAUUGUGGGAUAUGAACUCUCAACUUGCUUUGAUGAACACACUGUGGGAUAGUUGCAGUGUUUUGUGAAAGAGUUCAUAAGUUUGACGGGAAGUUGACUUCGGUGUUAUCAAACUCCUAUUAUGGUUUAGAAACUUUGGAUAGGUUCAUUUAGUU